AUGCCUGCAAGUGGCGCCGACAUUCACGGCGGAAUCCCCGGUGGGGUCUUUCCAGGAGGCGUUGGGGGGUUCUCUGGUGGGAGUGGUGUGCCAGAAGCGGCAUCUGCGGCGGCAAAUGCGGCGGCUCUUGGGGGGGCAGCGGUUGGUACAGUACCAGGCCAAGUGACUGGAGAAAAUGGCGGCGGCGGCGGCGGCGGUGGUGGUAAAGGACAAGGGAUGCCGCCCGAUUUUAUAGAAGUGAGAGUAGUAGGUUCCAAGAAGCUGCAGGAGGCGGGCGGCUCCAUGAUUCCCGGAGGGGGGUCUUACGUGGCGUAUGUGAUUGAAACGAAGACGAACGUGCCUGAAUACGGGGCCCCGUCUGCCCGCGUGGAAAGAAGAUUCCGCGAAUUUGUCGCCCUGGCGGACAGACUGGCAGAGACUCACCGCGGGUAUUUCAUCCCGGUGCGGCCCGAUAAGAACGUGGCGGAGAGUCAGGUGCUGCAGGGGGCGGAGUUUGUGAAGACGAGGCAGGUGGAGCUUGACAAGUACGUGCAGCGCCUCGCUCGCCACCCUGCAAUUCGCAGAAGCGCGGAUUUGAUUUCCUUCCUGACGUCAUCUGACAGAUUCCAGCCCGCUUCAUCGGUAGACCUCGCUUCCCGCGUGCUGGAAGGUGCCGUGAAGCUUCCCCAGCAGCUGUUUGGGGCGGCAGACUCCAUCACGCCGGCAGAAGCUGCCAAACCGGCGGGCGGAGGGAGGAACCUUCUCAGAAUGUUCAAGGAGUUUGGGCAGUCGGUGGCGAACGAUUGGACGGGCAAGCCGCCAGCUGUCAGUGGAUCCACGUCAGCAGCAGGGGGAGGAGGAGGAGGAGGAGGAGGAGGAACGUCCACGUCAGCAUUAGAAGCAGGAGCAGGAGCGGGGGCAACAGACGAAGAAUCCGGAAAAUCCGGCGGAAAACUACCAACGGCGCCGACCGCAGCGGAAGUCGAGGCGGACGAGGCGCGGUUUGGUUCGGCCCGAGCCAAGCUGGCAGACCUGGACAAGCACCUUGCCGAGGCUACAGCCGGGGCGGUAGGGAUGAUGCAGGCCCAGGACAGCUGUAGCCGCAUUGUGGGAUCCCUGGGGAUCACGUUUGGGUCCCUGGCUAAGCUGCAGGGGCAGCGCCUGACGGAGGGGGGCGCGGGGGGAGGCGCAGGGGGAGGGGGGAGCGCAUCAGGGAUUGCUGGUGCAGGGGGAGCAGGGGGAGGGGGGGCGGAAGGGGGGAGUGGGUCGGAGACAGGGGGAGGAGGAGGGGAUAAGGGGGCGAGGCAGCAGGAGAGGGCGUUUGUGGCGGAGUGUCAGAGCGUGGGCAAGGGCAUGGUGCGCAGCGCCCAGCUGUCACACAGCGUGGUGGAGAGGAACAAACGCACCCUGUCCAUCCUCCUCGAGUACCACAAGACAACGGCCGCCGCCCGGACGGCCCUCGCCGACCGGUCCCAGGCGCUGCUGACGUGGCAGACGCUGGAGAGCGAUCUGGGCGGCAAGAAGACAAAGCUGGACCGGUUAGGGUCGGUGGACGGAUCAGAUCCUGCCAAGCAGAAGAAGGCUCAGGAGCUUCAGAGAGAGAUUCAGGCGCUUGAGAAGGCUAAAGAGGCUGCUACUAACGAGUACAGAAAGAUCACUGAGCGCAACGCAUCGGAGCUGCAGCGAUUCGAAAGUGAGAGGAAGCAGGAGUUCCUGGCCAUGCUGGGCAAUUUCGUACAGGACCAGAAGAUGGCAGCCAUAUGGGCACCAGCAGGGGAGGAUCGGCCGUCUCAGUCCUGA